CAAAACAUUAGUUUGGGUCUAAAUUGGUCUCUGAAUGCAAUUCAGAUAAAUGUUUUUUUUUUUUAAAUUGUCCUCAAUAGGUGUAAAUAAAGUUUUAUAUGUAGUUCGUGCAUUUUGUGUUAUUCGCUCCUCAGAAAAGCACUUGCAACCAUUAACCAGCAGGAGGAGCUCUCUCAUUUUGAAUGGGGAAAAAACUGUUGGUGCUCAGCUGUCCUGUAGGAGGCAGCGUUGGACGGAGGAACGACGGCAGCGUCUGUGGCAGACUAAUGGCGUCCAUCCAGUGAGAAGCAGCUGAUUUCCUACCGAGCACGGCAGCAGGAACGGUGGAGAGGUAAACACACCGCCCCCGGAUUUUUCUGAAACAAGAUAGCCCGCUGCUUCGGCGCGAGGACUCUGCCACGGGCUGCACGCGCGGGGAUAUCUGGGAAAUUUGUUGUUCCAACGGACAAAACAAGCGAAGCUGAGAAGGCGGCGCGAGCUCCCAGAAGCUUUUAUUUAUUCAAUUUCUUCUCCAUUUUUUUUUUUACAUUUAAUUUAUUUUUUAUUUAAUAUUUUUUUCGUCGCUGCCUGCGUUUAUUCGGGGCCUAAAUUUGGGCCCAGUCGGCGACAGUAGCAGGUCAAAUGUUUCCACCGCGAUGUUUGACGGACACAUAAUGAGCAUCACCCCCCCAGAGAUGUCCUCCCACUCCGCCUGACUGCCUUGCUCGUUAAUCCAAUUCAGCAGAUCAUCUCCUCCUGAGGUCACAGCAUCGAGACGGCCUCCUCUCAGCCAAGCAGCUCGGUGGUGGUGAAGAUGACCACGGCGCGAUACCGCCCCACGUGGGAGCUGGCCGUCGACCCCUUGGUCUCCUGCAAACUGUGCCUUGGAGAGUUCCCGCUGGAGCAGAUGACCACCAUCACACAGUGCCAAUGUGUCUUCUGUACGCUGUGCCUGAAGCAGUAUGUGGAGCUCCUCAUUAAAGAAGGCCUUGAAACUGCAAUUAGCUGUCCGGACUCUGCCUGUCCCAAAAGAGGACACUUGCAAGAAAACGAGAUCGAGUGCAUGGUGGCCACAGACAUGAUGCAGAGGUACAAGAAGCUCCAGUUUGAAAGGGAGGUUCUUCUGGACCCGUGCCGGACAUGGUGCCCGUCUUCCUCCUGUCAAGCCGUCUGCCAGCUGAAGGAGGUGGACUCUCCCGCCCUGCCACAGUUGGUCAGAUGUUCCGUCUGCACGCUGGAGUUCUGCUCGGCGUGUAAGGCCAACUGGCACCCGGGCCAGGCCUGCCAGGAGAGCAACCUGCCCAUAACUUCCUUCCUGCCGGGAGAAAACAGCUCCUUCUACAAGACGGAGGAGGACGACGCGCCCAUCAAGCGCUGCCCCAAGUGCAAAGUGUACAUCGAGAGGGACGAGGGCUGCGCUCAGAUGAUGUGCAAGAACUGCAAACACGCCUUCUGCUGGUACUGUCUGGAGUCCCUGGAUGACGACUUCCUGCUCAUCCACUACGACAAAGGACCCUGCAGGAACAAGCUGGGACACUCCAGGGCGUCCGUUAUCUGGCACAGAACGCAGGUUGUGGGCAUCUUCGCCGGUUUCGGCCUGCUCCUGCUCGUCGCCUCACCGUUCCUCCUCCUGGCCACGCCCAUCGUCCUCUGCUGCAAGUGCAAGUGCAGCAAAGGCGACGACGACCCGCUCCCGACCUAAGCCGCGGAGUCAAACUCCACUGGUUUCUAGCCGCGUCAUGGAUGGGCCAUCGUCAUCAUCUUCUUCUGUCCGGUUCUUUUCUGUUCCCAUCCUCCUCCUGCUUCAAGUGACCUCCACAUUUUUAGGCCACGCCCACAGCUUUGGGAUCCAUUUACUCUGCAUGAGGAGGACAUGAGAGACGAUCCAGAUGUAAAGAGAGCGGCAGGAGCGGUAAGGAGGCUGAUGAAACCGGACUCCUAGCUGCGUCACGAGACGCUUUUUGGGGGGAAAAACAAAAAACUUUUUGAAAUGCUCCCCGGGAGCUUCUGGGAAAAGAGGGAGGAGCUUCUAUCGCCAUGAUUAUUCGCCGUAAACAACAAAGCUUUUCCACCAACACUAAACUCUGUAGCUGUACAGGUUCAGCGGUAGCAGGAGAGAGUCGCAUGUUCGGUGUGAACUCCACACAAACACACACACAGAAACACACACAGCAUGGUGUGUUAGUCGGGCCUUCAGCUGAGGGGGCGGGACGGCUUCAAUGUACAGCACGCCCUCUUGAUGAUGUCAAUGUUUUAUAAUCCCGCGCUUUAAAUAGACCCGUGCUCUGAGUGUUGUCACUUGUUUCUCCGCUGAUGAACGGGGGAGCCACUUAAAAAAACCCGUUUUUAUUUCUGUUUAUGCAAAAAGUUUUGUUUAUCUUUGCUCCACUUAACCACAUUAUUCAGUUCUUGAGUGGCACUUAAAAAAAGCAUCAACUCAUAAAGGGAUUUUGGGGAAUCCUGUUUAAAAGCUGAAAGAAAAAUAAAAUUUCAAAUAAAGUUCAGCCAAUCAAACAGCCUUAAAUGCAGAAAAGCCCAAACAGUCUCACACUAAUAAACCCAGGGAGACCGUGGUUAAAAGUAUCCUCAGUGUUAUGAUGUCACUGUUUAAAACGCCAUAAAGGUUAUAAAAGCUAAACAAAAUAUUGUUUCUUUUUUCUGAUGAAUUUGAUUUUUUUUUUCCCAAGAUCUGAUUAACAUCAGCAAAUAUCACACUAAACUCCAAACCCCUUAUCAUGAUCACACCUCCUAAUUUUUUAGGCCACUCCCCCUUUGAUUGAAAACUUGCAUUAAAUGGUCACAGCUGUUUUGUUUGUAAGCAAAACUUUCUUUUUUUUUUGCUGUAAAGACGUCCAAAAAAAAGUCAACAUUAAUGAAUGUUCCGUGUUUGGGUAUCGAAAACUGUUCUGUGAAACUUUAUCUAUGCAAGUUUGUACAUCAACGUUUCUAUAGUGAUCUGGAGCUGCAGAAUGUCUAUAUUAGCUUUAUUUUGAAGGGAAAUUCCAGCCCUGUUUUCCUCUUUUAUUUGACAUGUUUUGGUUCAAUCAGACAAAAAAAAAGUGAAAUGUUUAAAUGCAAAAAUUGAAAUCACAAAAUGGACACAGCCAUUCAAAACUGGUUAAAACAGAAAAAAAAUCCGAAAAAGCUUUUAUUUUUAGGCUUUCAUUUUGAAAACUCACUAAAUCCCAGCGGGAAAAAAUGCCACUUUGUUGCAUUGACAGUGAAUUAAAUUCAUCCUGAUUGCAGCUCUGUGAUACUGGAACACAGUCAGUGCAGUAACUCCACUCUGCCACUAGGGGCUCUCUAACUUUAGCUUUCACUGAAAAAACAAAGAAGAAAUUCACCUUUUGAAAUUAGUUUUUUGUUCCUAAGUGUCAGUAAAAAUGUAAAAGUUGGACAACAUUCUGCUUCAAACGAUCUUUCUUCACACAAACCUCUUUAUACUUUCAUUGCUGCGAGGUUUUUAACGCAAACUUUUUUUCCUUUUUUCUUAAAGUUAUUUGGAUAAACGGUGGAAACAGAAUUCCACCUUUUCAUUUUUUUUUAAAUAAAGCCAUUAUAUUUCUUCA